UGAUGGCCUAGUGGGAGGAGCCAGGGCAAUUGAGCUGUGGCUGCACGGGGCCGGAAAACUCACCGCAGCCAGACCAACCUCCUGCACCUAGAGUGGACCACAGCCAGCGUGACAGGGACAGCGUCCCAGCUAGGAUGUGAAAGCUCACCCGGGCCACGGGAGUCUCAUGGGGGCUGCCUGCAAAACUCAAGCCCGGUCAGAGCAUCGCAGUGGCGGGAGCCACAGGCCCAGGGCCUGGGAAAAUAGCAGUGGACCGACACAUGCCCAAGCUGUUGUGUUUUAUUCUAUUGUUGACAUGCAGUGAUGUGGCUAUGGACUUUUCCCUGGAGGAGGAGGAGCACUUAGACCCUGCCCGGAGAGCUGUCUACAAAAACCUGACAGUAGCGAACUACACCAGUCUGAUUUCUGGGGGUCUUACACUGAUGCGCCAUCCCUGGAGCAACACAAAGAGCCCUGGAAAAUAAAGAGGAGGAAAUCACAAAGGAGCAGAAGAGGUCCUGUCAUUGUUACUCACACAAGAGGCUGAGAGAAGGGACAAAUGGAUGGUCCUCUGGUGAACACAUCUCAAGGUUACUUGACAUUCAAGGAUGUGGCUGUGGACUUCUCCCAGGAGGAGUGGGAAUGUCUGGACUCUGUUCAGAGAGCUUUGUACAUUGAUGUGAUGUUGGAGAAUUACAGAAAUCUGGUCUCUGUGGAGAACUAUUGCAUGUGUGCUAUUGUCCAUCAACAAGUGGAUUGUGAAGAGAAGUAUUCUAAAUGCAAUGAGCUUGAUGAAAUGCUUCAUGAAUCCACCAGAUGCACAGUUUAUAAAACAAGUAAUACUCUAGAAAACUCUAGUAUCUUUAGCUGUGACUCUAGUUACAGGGAUGCCUCGAUUCAGUCAUCAAACUUUAAUAGAUAUCGAAGCAUACAUGCUAGAGAAGAAACUUGCAAAUAUAAAAACUCAUCAUUUGCUUCUACCUACAAACUUAUGCAACAAGCAAUCUGUAUUGGAGAGAAACCACACAAAUUUAGGAAGUGUGGAAAAUGCUUUGGUUCCUGCUCAAGUCUCACUGAACAUCCAAGAGUUCAUAUUGAAAAAAAGCUGUAUAAAUGUGAUGUUUGUGACAAAUCUUUUACCCAUUGUUCAAAUCUUAGAACACAUAAAAAAAUUCAUACUGGAGAGAAACCUUAUAGAUGCAAAGAAUGUGGUAAGUCUUUCCUUCAGUUGUCAGCUCUUAAAAGCCAUUACAUUGUUCAUACUGGAGAGAAGCCUUUCAAAUGUCAGGAAUGUGACAAAUCCUUUGCCCACUGUUCCACUUUCAGGAGACAUAAGAAAAUCCACACUGCUGAGGAACUAUAUAGUUGUCAAGAAUGUGGCAAGGUGUUUUAUCAGUUGCUAUACCUUAAAAGCCAUUACAGAACCCAUAUUGGUGAGAAGCCUUACAAAUGCAACGAGUGUGACAGAUCAUUUAUUCACUGUUCAUCUUUUAGAAAGCAUCAGAAAAUACAUUCUGUAGAGAAACUGUAUAUGUGCAAAGAAUGCGGUAAGUCUUUCCUUGAGUUGUCACAUCUUAAAAGGCAUUACAGAACCCAUACUGGAGAGAAGCCUUAUAAAUGUGAAGUAUGUGACAAAUCCUUUACCACAAACUCAAUUCUGAAAACACAUCAGAAAAUUCACUCUGGAGAGAAACCUUACAAAUGCAAAGACUGUGACAAAUCUUUUACCCAGCAUUCAAAUCUUAGAAGGCAUCAGAGAAUUCACACUGGAGAGAAGCCUUACAAAUGUCAGGAAUGUGAGAAAUAUUUCACCCGGUUCUCAACUCUUAGAAGGCAUCAGAAGAUUCACACUGUAGAUAAAAAUGCUAUUGUAAGUAAGGUGGCAUAUCCUGUAUCCCGAUCUUUAUCGUUGAGAGCCACAACAGGAUCUAUAAUAGAGAGAAACAAGGACAUCAGAAACUUUUGAAACCGUUUAAUGAAGGUUGAAAUCGUAGAAAAUAUCACAAGAAUUUACACUAGAGAAAAUUCUUGCAGGUAUAACCAUGUGGGAAAAUUUUUAAGAAAAACAUUUUUUGUAGUACAAUAUAAAAAGUAGAUAUAGCCGGGAGAUGGUGGCGCAUGCCUUUAAUCCCAGCACUCGGGAGGCAGAGGCAGGCAGAUCUCUGUGAGUUCGAGGCCGGGUUGGACCGAUAGCCUCCAAAACAAUACAGAGAAACCCUGUCUCAUAAAAACCAAAAAAAAAAAAAAAGUAGAUACAAUGAGGACAAAACGUAGGAGCCUAAAGAAUGGGACCAAGCUUUAGUUUUUGUACCAUUCCUGUAUAUCGGGAAAUGCAGACUGAAAAGAAACCAUGUGAAAUGUAUUACCUGUGUGUCAUCCUUGAGUCUUGUUGUUCAUGGAAAUUCCACAUGUUACAGAAUCCUCAUAACACAUUCAGUUUGUCAAAUUCUUUUUCUAAUGCCAAAAUUGUAGACACCCCAAAAAAAUCUCAUCCUGAAAGAAACCCAAGAAAAGGCCUUAAUAAAAAUUUGUUUUAUUCAUUAUGGAGCAAAACUUUGCAAAUAUCAAGAAUGUAAGAAACCUUCACAGAGGCAAGUAACAACACAUGCAUGCUCAUGAAUAAUAGCUCUGAAGGCUGCAAGAAAGUACAGGAAAAUCAUUUUUAAGUACUCACCAUUGAGGGGGUAUUUAAUCUUGCUUCAAAGUGUAAUAGAAGAGUCAUAUUAGAAAGACGAAGGCAUAAAGUCAUAGACAUUAUAAAGACCAGUGUGUUAUAAAGAACAAAACCAAAUGAAUACAUGGAUUUAUUAUGGAUUCCAGUGGAAGUGGAUUCUUAUAUUUGAGCAAAUAUGAAAACGCUGUUUAGAAAAGUUUUUUCUAGUGUUGGAGUUUGUUGAAAUGUGAACACAGUAGGUAUUUCACAGUUUGUUGAAAUGUGAACACAAGCUGUCUUGUUUGCAAA